UAGUCAAACACAUAAAGACUUCAAGAACCCUUUACAUCAUGUGCCACAUUCCAAUCUUCUGCUGGAUUGCUGCAACUGUGUUUGAGAACAUGUUUGAUGCCAACAAACCUGAUGAACUACCCCAGACUCUGACUGAAAUGUACACUCACUUCCUGAUCAUACAAACAUGCAUGAAGAACAGAAAGUACAAUGGAGCUGAGAUGAAGCCCUCUAAUAAAAUGUCCAAUUCAGACAAAGAAAUGAUCAUGAAACUUGGUGAACUUGCAUUCAGUCAACUGUCACAGGGCAACCUGAUAUUCUACGAAGAUGACUUGAAAGAGUGCGGUAUUGACAUCAACAAAGCUUCAGAGUAUUCUUCACUGUGCACAGAAAUCUUCAGAGAGGAGAACGGACUGUACAGUGAAAGAGUAUUUUGCUUUAUUCAUCUGAGCAUUCAGGAGUUUCUGGCUGCAGUGUAUGUGCAUGUUUCCUGUGUGCAGAAUAAUGUCGAUGUCCUUUCAUUACACAGACAAAGGAACAAGGACCAAGUAAAGCUGUCAGAUGUGCACAAGAGGGCUGUGGAAAAAGCUUUGCAGAGUCCAAAAGGCAACCUGGACCUCUUUCUGCGCUUCCUGCUGGGUCUCUCCCGUGAAGACAAGCAGACUUUUCUUCAAGAUCGGUUGACAGCACGUUCAGGAAUUGUCCAAAAAAUAAUGGGACUUAUGAAACCACUCUUCUCUAACAAUACAGACACAGACUUAACACCUUGUGUUGAUGAAACAAUUUGUUUCAUUAAGCAGAAAAUCAGAGCACUUAAAGAGGCAGAAAGGACCAUUAAUAUGUUACAUUGUCUGAGUGAACUUAAGGACAACUCCCUAGUGACAGGAAUCCUGAAUGACGUUGUAUCAGGAAAACUCUCAGGCACUCGCAUGGAACCAGACAAGUGCUCAGCUCUAACCUAUGUGGUACUAAUGUCAGGUGAGGUGCUAGAAGUGUUUGAUCUGAAGAGGUUCAAAACAUCAGCAGUUGGUCAACAGAGACUAUUAUGUGCGUUGAAGGCCUGUAAACAUGGCAGGUUGGGAAGGUGCAAGAUCACUGCUGAAUCCUGUGAAAUUGUGGCCUCAGCUCUGCAAUCAGAGAACUCACCCCUGAUAGACCUUGAACUCAGUAAGAAUUGCAUUGGUGAUAAAGGAGUGAAUUCGAUCUGUACUGGACUGACAAGUUCACACUGCAAUCUAGCAAAACUCAGGGUGUGUCCUUUGGAAAGAUCACCAUGGUCAAGAGCAGGGCUUGAAAACGAAAUUAUUUUUCAAACGUUCCGUUCCGAACGGUUCAGAAUGGAUGGAUGCAGUCUCUCUGCAGAAUCUUGUAAAAUUCUGGCCUUGGCCCUGCAGUCAGAAAACUCACCUCUGACAGAGCUUGACCUCAGCUACAAUAACAUAAGAGAUGAAGGAGUGACGUUUCUUUGGACAGGAGUGACCCAAUCCAAACUGGCAAAACUCAGUCUGGCCAGAUGUGCUCUUACCGUAGCUGUCUGUGGCUACUUGGCCUCAGCUGUUGAAGCCAACUCUACAUUGACAGAGUUAAACCUGAGCCAUAAUAAUGUGACAGACUUGGGAAUGGAAAUGCUCUGUAAUGCAUUAAUGAGUGCUCAAUGCAAGCUUUCAAGAUUAAAAGUUGCUGCAUGUGAUCUGACAUCUGAGUCAUGUAAGUCACUGACAAAAGUUCUCCAGUCAGAGACUUCAAGCUUGAGUUACCUGGACCUGAAUUUCAAUGACAUACGGGAUUUGGGAGUGAAGCUGCUCUUUGAAGGCCUGAUUAAUGCAAACUGUAAGAUACAGGUGUUAAAACUUUCAGAAUGCUCCCUAACAGAAGACAGCUGUGAAUAUCUAGCCUAUGUAUUACAAUCUCCCACUUCCAAACUCAUAAGACUCAAACUAGAAGACAAUGACCUGCGGGACACUGGAGUGAUGCUCCUCUCCGCUGGACUUCAGCAUGCAAACUGUAGACUGCAAUCACUAGGGUUGACAGGUUGUGGAAUAGAAGAGGAUGGUGUUUGUUCUCUGGCCUGUGCUCUGGAUCACAACAAAUUACACUUGCAGGAGCUGUAUCUCAACUUCAACACCCUAGGAGCAGGAAUAAAGUGUCUAUCAGAGCAGAAGAGUAACCCUGAAUUUGAAUUAGACACUCUAAUUACAAACUAUUCUGAAGAUAAGCGCCUACACCCUGGACCAAAGAAAUAUUUCUAUGAACUCACUCUGGAUGACAGAGUACCACUCUACAAGAUCUUCCUUUCUCAUGAGGACAGAACAAUGUCAACAGCUUCGGAUCAGACAUCCAACUACGAGAUUAUGCUAUGUAAAGAACCUUUGACUAAGAAGUGCUAUUGGGAGGUGGAGGUGAGUGGAGACAGAGUAGAAAUAGGGGUUUCAUCCAGGACACGUUACUUGGAAGUUGUAGGUGACGAAAUGGGCCGAACUGGAUUUUUCCCUUGCCUUGUAAUUUAUCUAAACAAGUUACAUGGUUUCCUCCAGAACCGCAAGAUUAUAGCAAACUGCCCUGAAUUUUAUUGUCCACACAGAAUUGGUCUGUAUCUAAACAAACAUGCCGAAUACUUGGCAUUCUACAGUGUGGGUGAGGACAAACUUACACUCUUGGGAAAGUUUUAUUCAACAGAUGUUUGUAAAUUGACAAGUGCGGGAAAGCUCUUUGCAGCAUUUAAGAUGUACUCAAAUUCCACAGUGAAGCUUUGUGGAUCAUGUGAAAUUAAUCUGAAUGAUUAAUCUUUGGAUGUUGUGGAAUGUGGAUCUCUUGUCUGACACAGAGACACAUAUACAGUAUGUGACAUACUAUAUUGGCAUAUGAGUAUCUCGGUCAUCAUCAGGGUGAUAAAUAUGAAUAUAAUGUAAUUCUGCUCAUUAGUAAGGAUGUGGCUUUUGAAUGAUGCAACAUUUUUACUACUGUAACUUCCCAGCUGAAUGUUCUGAGGUGGGUCAUUUGAUCCCAGUAAGAAAGGUGGGUUAGUUGAUCUGAGAGAGAAGACGGUACAUUUGAAAAAAAUUGAAAUAGUUGCUUUGCUGUGUAUAAUGCAUUGCUGAUGUAUUCCUGUAAGAUAGCUACUAUAUUUUUUGUUGACCAUCAGCCAACCCAUUUUGUUAAUCAAUGCUUCAGUGCGGUUAAGUCUACAGUGUAUUUGCCUGGAUAUUGCAGACAUGUUGGUUUUGUAUUGUUCUUUAUUGUUCUUGUAUGCUGUAUUAUUGUUAUUAUAUGUUUUAUUUGUCCUUUCUUUUUUGCUCUUUAAUUCACUUUUGUAUAAUUUGUUCUUUUGUUG